AUGGGAGCAGAAGAACUGGCCUUCAGAUUUGCUGUGAACACAAUCAAUAGAAACAGAACUCUGUUGCCAAACACUACAUUAACAUACGAUACUCAGAAGAUAAAUCUCUAUGAUAGUUUUGAAGCAUCCAAAAAAGGUAUGUUUCUAAGAGUUUUGGAGCAGGGAUGGGGAACCUUUCUUUUUUCCCCAGUCCCAAAAGGCCUGUGAGCAACUUUCCGGGAGCUGCGCAGUGGAUACCUGGUGAGCAAGGCCUGAAGCAAAAGUGGGUAGAGUAUUGUAAUACUCUACUCUGCACAGUAAGCUACAUCCUGGCCAUGCAAAAACAAGAGGUUUCUACGCACAUACAUACAUAUAUACCCACCCUUGUCCAGUCAAGAAAGGGGCACCAUCAAAGUUCAACAGCACAUUUCAGCCCGGAAAAAAGCACUCAAAAAUAGAGAGGAGGACCAGUGAGGGUUAUGGUCUGGAGAGAUGAGACAUGGCUUGGUGGAGGGGCAUGGUCUGGAGUGGGCCUGAUAGAGAGGCCUAGAGAGCCACAUUUAGCCACAAGGCCUGAUUUCCCUCCUGCUUUUAGAGGUUAGCCACUGGGUGCUUGGUUUCCCCAUUCAUUGGUUACAUCACAGAAGCCAAGCCCACCUUAGUAUGCUUCUUAACUGCAGCUCUGUGCACUUCUCCUGUCAUAGGUGCCAUGGGGGUGUGAGGCCCCCUCAAAUUUCCUAGGAGGGGGCUAGUGCCUCCCAAAUUCUGUGGUGGCUGUGCACACACCCCGUGGUGUGCGCACAUGGUGUGCUUACAUUGUUCUUAUGUUGUGCAGCCCUGGCCCCCACACGCUUGUCUCUUAUAAAAAUUCAUGGCUGGCACUGAUCUCUAUAGCAGUGGUGAGGCAAAAGCCAAGAGUAUAGACAUCUGUUAGGGAGAGUCCCAUGCUGGGCUCCUCCUGGCCUGCAUACACAUACAACAAAGUAGAGCAAGGUACAUUAUCAAUGACUGAAAGCCAUGCCAAUGAAAAUAAUUAUUUCUUCCAUCUUCACAGCAAUCUUGAUUGCCUUUGAUGCCGUUUGUUGAGGAAUGGGGACCUGAGGCAGGAAGACAUUGACUUUUUUGACUUGAAGGGGUUGUUGCCCCAGGUCUCCUUGGCACAAUUCUCACACUUUGUCCACUCUCAUAAGUGUAGUUUGCAUGGCUUCAAAACAGUACAUCUUUGCCAGGCAUUUCUAUAAGAUGGAAGAAGUUAGAAAGGAAAGGUGGAUAGUUCAGAUACCACGGUGCCUUUAUUGUGACAGAAGUCUUAACAACCAUAUUGAUGUUUUCAGCUGGGGCAGUAGCUCAUGCUUAGUGACCAGGCAAACGUUCGUAUCAAAAGUAUUGUUAUUUUAGACCUCAACCCAGUUAAAUCACUCCACAUACUUUGAUUUCAGCUGGUAUAGUGCUGUUGCAAUAAGUUUUAAUUUGGCUGUAUAUCAGACUGCCCAUCAGCUGGAUGCCUGGAAUGGAGUACAGAUGGGAAAUUAAUUAGAUUUUAAAAGCACCAUACCGAUGAAAAAUCCCUGGGCAAGAGCAGAAUUUGCUGAAGAUGUCAUUUGAACUAAGAAUGCUGGAAAUGCAAUCAAAAUUCUUGUUAAUACUUUUUUUAAGAUCACACUGUUAGCUUAGAAUAGAAUCAUUGUAAGCCACAUGCAGAAGAAAUGUGCCUUUCAUGGGGUUUCUUUAAAAGUCUACUGGGAGGGAACAAUUUGCCAGCUAUCACUGCUUGCUACAGGUUCCAUCUCGUAGCAUUUUAUUACAGGUACAAAAGGUAGAUGCAUUAGUGAACAAUACACUUCAAAAAAAGUUCAUGCUUAGUAGUUACAACAGUGCGUGCCCAUGCUUAGAAGCGGCAAACUUCAUGGGGAAAUUUGCAUCCCAUUGAAAUCUGUGACAGACUUCCCACUGGUUUCUAAUGGACCCAGAUUGGAUUGCAUCCAAUGACUUUUACAGUGCCUUAUACUCAAACAUCAUAGAAGGAUGUUCUGUAUUGCACAGCAUGAACUGCAUAGAAAAGAGCACCGCACGCCUUAUUUUUACUGUUUUGUAUUGUAUUGUUUACUUCAAAUCCUUUCUACUAUUACUGAAAGAGGCUAACCCUACUACAGCAUUUCAAUGCUAAAUUAAUUUCAAAACAAAACAAAACUACCAGCCUUCUCCCUUUCACCAAAGACAGAAUUAUUAUUUCUCUAGGAAGAAGCUCUAUCUGGAUAUUUCUUCUAGAUUAUGGAUAUCAUGUAGUUAGCAAGGAAUUUAGGAGCAAAUGUAGCAUAAAGAUACCCUCACUGAACUUGAUUCUCCUUAUCCAGAAAAGAUGGACACAUUAAAAUGUGCAAAGAGCACAUCAAUAAAAUGAUCCCUCUGCAGCAAUAUUCAAUGGCUUCAAAUGUAGCCACAGUGAUGGUGGAUUCUCCUCCACAAGGUGAAAAGGAAAUAAUUGAAGCCAGAUAGCAAAUUCCUUAGCAAUCCAAGGUGGACUCUUCUACCGCAUCACUUUUCUCUUUGUGUGAUACCUAGUGCAGGUUGAGAUGCACUGAGCAUUUGUAGCUUACAUAUCGUAUUAACAAAUACAGACAAUAAAUGCACAGAAUGAGGAGUUGUGCUAAUUGCAGUACCAGGGCAUUGUCAAAAGCCCUGAUUUUACAUGUCAGGGAAAUUAUGCUCCAGGCAGAUAAGCUUGUGCAAAUGUUUAGAACUGGGUGGUGCUGGUUAGUCUUUAUGGAUGCGCAGGUGACUAGGUAAGACAAUGCAAACAGCAGUUUGUGAACAUGAUGCCCCAAGGCUAAGGGUUAGCUAAUAACAAGCUUGAGUGUUAGAAAGCUAAUGUUGAAGCAAAGACGAGAGUUUGCAGUGUGGAUCCUAUAGUCCACAAAACUGAUCAUGCAAACAUUCAAAGCCAAUGGAACCAAAAAUGCCAAAAUCCGAGUAGAUGUGCUGGCAAGGACACUAGAUAGCCUCUAAGCUCCAUGGACAUCUGUUUUGAUUGUAGUAGAAUCCCUGCCUCCUUUUUAAGCCUCCCAGAGUGCCACAACAACAGGUGAACAGAGAUCUGUUGACACUGACAGAUCACAAUGUGCACAUCUCUAACUUAAUACUUAAGCACAUAUUCUCAAAAUGUAGUUAUUUUGUACUUUGCCUGUAGAGAGAGACUUGCAUCAACAGCAAGCCUGCUUGAGCAGAUGACUGCCUGAAAAAACUAUCACUGUGUGUGUUAUUCUCUGCACACUGUUAAUCAUACUUUCCUUUCCUUUCAGCUUGUGAUCAGCUCUCUCUUGGAGUAGCAGCUAUCUUUGGACCUUCACAUAGCUCUUCGGCUAAUGCAGUGCAAUCUAUCUGCAACGCUUUAGGGGUUCCACAUAUACAGACGCGCUGGAAGCAUCAGGUUUCAGACAACAAAGACUCAUUCUAUGUCAGUCUUUAUCCAGAUUUCUCUUCACUCAGCCGCGCCAUCCUUGACCUUGUGCAGUUCUUCAAGUGGAAAACUGUCACGGUUGUUUAUGAUGACAGCACAGGUAGGUAUCACUGUAGGACAUUAUGUAGCUGUAUUUGAGGGCAUGCAUAAUGCGUCAUGUUCCUCUAAACAAGCAAAUAAGAUGUGAUUGUGAGAUUUUGUUGCGGACAAUAGAAAAUAAAAUGCACAGAUUCAUCCUACCUACAACUCCUUCAUUAUGCAUAACUUUUUCUAUAUAUUUGAUUCAUAAUGACAUGAAAAAGGGAGAGAAGGAUUUUAGAUCACCGCAUUAAAAGCUAGAGGUUUAUCUGAUUAUUUGUCUAGGCAUCUCAAGUCAAGGAAAACAUCUGAAAAUUUCAUGAGGACAAUCUCUUUUUUCCUGUUCUAGCUAGAAAACAGACCAGGAAAGAUUGUCUGUUUUAUGUAUGGGUGUCUUUAUUAAACAGAGGACUCUGUGACCCUUGCCGUUUACAUUUUGUAGAAAGAUUUGCAAUUGUAAACCUGCAAUUUGUUUUCAUAAAGACUGCAAGCAAACCAGAGGUGUUCAUCUGUAACAUUUGGGGGGAAAACAAACCCAAAAGGGUGCAGGUUUUUGCAUAUACAUCAGGAGCUCCUGUGUUAAGAAGCAUUGACUACAAAGUUGGGAUCAGCUCUGUGUGCUGAAUGUAUAUGUGCAGUUGUCCCUGUCCUUAUUGAAGUUUGCUAAGAAACUUCAUAUGCAAAGGGAGUUUUGAACACUAUACAUCUUUCAGGGUUCACUGAGAUGGGCAGUUGGUGGGGAGGGUCAGUUCCACACACCUGGCCUCCCAGCAGCAGUGUCACUCCAGCUUACUGGAAGGAAGAGGGGUGAAGCAGUGGGGAGGCUGGCACUGUUUGGGUGCACCAGUAGGAGUGCUGGAUUAGCUCUACCAGUGCAUUCACACUGUUCUGGCCUCUCCUCCCUCCUUCUCUCCAGGUAAGUGACAGUGAUGCUGUUGCCAGGAGGCCUGGUGUUCAGCAAUGCCCUCCCUGUUGGGUGCUCCUGCACCAAGUUAUAUCUGGUGAUGUAAAUAUGAGUACAUAAGUCUUAUUUUAUUUUGGUUAGGUGUGUUUGUUUCUCCAGAUUUGUAGAGUUCUAGCCACAGAAAAAUGGGAAGUGCUGUGGUUCAGAGGUAAAGCACAUUCUUAUUGUGAUUCCCCUACCAAGUGCAGUGAAUGGUGGACUUCCGGGGUGGCGCCAUCGGCAAUGGCGGACUCCCUCUGAUCUGGAGGGACUAGCUCAGCGCGAAACGGGUCUUUUCCGCUGCGGCGAAGCGGGGACCCUUUCAAAAAUCACAGGCAGAUGAAGCCUGUGACCAUGGGACUCGGCGGGCACCCUUAGCGCCCCCCCAACCCGCAAAGGAACCCACUAACGGGCUCCGAAGCGAAGAGGGGGAAGUGGCGCGGUGCUGAGAGUCAACUGCUAUUUCCGUGGAGCGAAGCCGCAUAGCUGUUGCCGGAGAGCGCUGCCUUUUUCCUGGGACAAUUUGGCUUCUAAAAUAAUCACCCGUGAGUACUUAAAUUUCGGACAAUUGGACUUUAAAUAAGGACUGGCGAGCAGAAAGGAAUUGGACUUAAAAAUUUACUUCAAUUUGGCACUGAAACGGGAAGGUCUAAACAGGAAGUCAGCCUUCCGUUUCUUUGUAGACAGAAUAAAGCAAAGACAACGUAAACUAGAGCUCAGAAAAUAGCUUCUAAAAGAUUAACUUUCAUCAUUUUAAAAUUGUUGAACCCCUUCGGAAGCAGGAGAAGAAGGGGGAUCUUUUCGGACUGUUUAAACCUGCAGAAGUGAGUUUAAAGUAAAGUAACUUUCCACCGUCCUGAUCCUGGAGCAGGGUGUCAGGACUGACGUUUGAAGCUCAUUGACCAGAGACAAACGUUUUUUGACAGAUAGCUAAAAGAAGAGAAACAUAGUGAUUCCACUGUUCCCUUUCACAUUUUAAAGGAACAAAUAUUGACAAAAUAUCUCAAAAAGGAAACUUUGUUGCUAGAUUUGUACUCAAAAGAAAGAACAAAUAGAAGUUUUCCCCCUAGAGGGAGACUGUGAAACUGUAACUAAUUCCAGGGAGCUUGCAGCUGUUACAGAUUACAAUCGUGGGAAUAGUCUUGUGACCUUGAGGGCCAAUGUAUUCAGAAGCUCUGUGGUGUGCUCUCUGUAAAACAAAUGCCCUACUGGAACAGUUAAAUGAGAAGACGGAUUUGAUGACUAAUGCGGUCAGAAUUUUUGAACAGGCAGUGGGAAACUAUAUGGAGCCCACCCAGGAAUCAAAUCAGGAGUGUGCCCUGACAGAACAGAUGAGAGAAGAGGAUGUUGCUGAAUUUUGGGCGCCAGAGAUGGAGGGAGCUGUGGCCCUGCAGGAACAUGAGCUUUUGGACUUGACAAAUGAACUUGGAAAAAGCCAGAUUUGGAAAGAUAAAGUUUGGACUGGUUUGGAAAUGGGGGGUUGGAUAGACCCCCCUAUGCAGGGAUGUUUGGACUUUCCAAGUCUGGCAAUGGGCCGUGAGAUGUUUGGGGCUGUGGGGGCCCUUAAUUUUGGAGGGAUUCUGAAACAUGUUUUCAAAUACCACAUGGAGUUUAGUCUGGUCUUUGGAAAAGGGGCUGAUUUGUUGAAAAGGGUCAAAAACAUUACCAAGCUGGAGUUCCCACGAGUGAAAGGAGAAUAUGAAGAAGAGCCGCGGAAGGGACAUGGAAGAGACUUAAGGGCCUCGGAUAUAAGGUUACCAGGUUAAUGCGCUAGAUCAAUGGGAUAAAAAGGACUGACAAAACCCGGGACCAGGAGGAAAGGACGCUGGAUGAAGAUUGGAUUGUUUUUAUUUCUUUUUAUUAUUAUUAGGAUUGUUUUAUAAAAUUGAUGAAUGUUAGAAAAAUGUUGGAACGAAAUUACUUGGCUCUAGCAAAAAUGUUUAAAGAAUUAGGUAAUAAUAUUAUGGUUAUGAGAAGUUGGUAAAAAUAAGAUUUAAGUUUUAAGUUUUAAGGUUUUCUAUAAGAUAAGAUAAGAUGAAAAUAGAUUAAGGUAAUGUAAUGACAGAAUAUUAUGAAAUAUGGAAAGGAUUUGCUGCGAUAAUUAAUAACUAGGAUACAAAAAAAGGGAGGAGGAGGAGGUCAAAGAAAGAAGGUAAUGAAAGUUGAGGAUUCGAGAAUGAUGGAUUUGUUUUUAUCUGUUUGUGGUGUAUUUUUGUUUUUUGAAUCUGCAUUGUUUGAUGUGGUUUGUUUUCUCUUUGUUUUCUCUUUUUUCUUUUUCUGCUGUGUUUUUUUCUGUAAUUUAAAAAAAUUUCAAUAAAUAUCAUUUUUUAAAAAAAAACAAGUGCAGUGAAUGGCUACUAGAUGGAGGAUCUUUCCAGCAGUGGCACCCUGGCUGGAGAAUGCUCUCCCCAGAGAGUCUCACCUGAUGCCUACCUUGCUAACCUUUUCUCAGCAAGUAAAAACAUCAUCAUCAUCAUCAUCAUCAUCAUUAUCCUAGGCUUUUGGUUUACUUCAUUCUUAAGGUUCUCUAAUGAGUUACAGACUCUUUGGAUACUUCUGGAGUUUAAAGACGUGUGAAACGUUAGUGCUGCUGUGAGCUUAGUUUUAUAGUUAUCUUCUGUUUUUGAUUAAAGGUGCAUUAGAUUUUACGGUUUCAUUUCUGUAAACAGUUGUCUUUAAAUCUUAUUGUAAGCCUUCCAGAGAUUUUUAGUUAGUGGGGGUCAUGUAUAAAUACUGUAAGUAAAGAAAAUAAUGUUUUACAGGCAGAAAGUUAAACCACUGGCAUCUUCAUGUAGGGUUGAGAAAUACUCCUGCAAAAAAAUCUCGAAAGUUGCUGCCAGGCAGUGUAAACAGAACCAAGUCCAAAGUCCUGACUCAACAGAAAGCAGCUUCCUGUCUUCCAUACAGCACACUAUUCAUUUGCUCCUCUGAAGGCAAUUUUCCUGUUGCAAGGGGGGAAAGGGUAAUAUAUUAUUAAGGAUAAGCAUUGAAAUUAAAUAUAUGCUUCUGAUCACUGCAUGUCUUUAAAAUCUGUGAUGUCAGUUUAAAUACAUACGGUUGCACACCUAACCCCACUUAUCUGGGAUUAAGCCCCACUGAUUUUAAUUAGAGCAUGCAUGGUUAGGAUUGCAGCCUUACACCAAUACAAAAUAACAAUAUUCACGUGAAAAAUAAAAUUGGACUAAAUUUAAACAGAGGAUUCUAUUUUGAUUUAGAUAUUAAUUAUAUUAUAAGGAACCAUGAUAGUUUCUGAUCACCUAGCCUAUAUCCAUGUACUGCUUGGUUUUUCAAAGCUUGUCCAAAAGAUAAAAAUACAUCUCCCCCCGCUCCAGUAAAGACAUCCCCACCCAGGGAAUCACUUUUUUUGGUAUUGAGUUCAUGCUCAUAACACUACAACUCACUGAAACCCAGUGAAGCUGAAUGUUGGGAGAUUCAGGACAGGCGAAAGAAAGUACUUCUCCACACAGCACAUAAUUAAACUGUGGCAUUUGCUCCCACAAGAGGCAGGGAUGGCUAUCACCUUUGAUGGCUUGGGAAGAGGAUUAGACAAAUUCAUGGCGCAUAAGACCAUCAGUGGCUACUGGUCAUGACAGCUAUACUCUGCCUCUGCUUCUGAAUACCACUUGCUGGAAACUGCAAGAAGGGAGAGUGUUGUUAUGCUGAGGGUCUGCUCUGCUGAUUCCCAUAGACAUCUGGUUGGCCACUGUGAGAACAGGGUGCUGGACUUGAUGGUCCACUUGUUUGAUGCAGCAGGCUCUUCUUACGUUCUUACAUUCAUAUAUAUCUCUAUCUAUCUAUCUAUCUAUCUAUCUAUCUAUCUAUCAUCUAUCAUCUAUCUCUAUCUAUAUCUAUAUCAUCUAUCUAUCUAUCUAUCUAUCUAUCUAUCUAUCUAUCAUCAUCUCUCUCUCUCUCUCUCUCUCUCUCUCUCUCUCUCUCUAUGGGCCCCAGUCAGGCAGACAGUCGCUGCACAAUAUAAUUGCUGCACAAGACAUCCUGGGCCCCCCACAUAUUGCUGUUGUAAAUCAUAGUUUUGGCAUGUGGUGCAAAACACUCCUAACAAAGAGCUUCUGUGGUGUCCGUGCUUUGCAUCACACCUUCAGUAUUUUGUUUGUUUGUUUGGGUGGGGUGGGGUGAGGGCCUCCACUUAGACUCAUAGAAUUGUAGACUUGGAAGGGACCCAGAGGAUCAUCUUGUUCAAACCCCUGCAAUGGAGGAAUAUGCAGCUUUUCCAUAUGGGAAUUGAACCUGCAACCUUGGGCGUUGUUGGCACCAUGCUCUAACCAACUGAGCUAUUGCUCCAUCUGAGGUAUGUCCAAUUUGGUGCAUCUAUGGAAGAAUGAUUGACCUGAAUCUGUUCACUUUUUCUCUCUAUGACAUCCUAAAGUCUAGAUGAAACGUAUUGAGCUUGGGGCCACUAGCAAUGUCAUGGGGGAGACUGGGAAAGCUGUGGAACAUUUGACCACUGUUUCCCCUAGCAAUAAGUCAGUAAAUUAUGAUGUGCUUCCAAGCCUCAUAGGUGCAUAUGUAAAAGAGCUCCCCAGAAUUCACAAACCUAAGUGGAAGGAUAUUUAACAGCAGGGAGAUCCUAGGUGAUUUUCAUCUAGCCAAACCCUGGCAUUCAAAUCUUUAGGGUGGCAUGCCAUUGGUGCCCUUAUAUUUAUGAUGUUUGCACUUAUAGGUGUAUUAAUACAGUGGGCGCCUCUCCUAGUGAAGAAGGGAGAUGUUAAUCAGCUGCAGAGAGCUGCAGGGCUCUCCAGAACAGAGGGGAAGGUGUCAUGUGAGGCUGCAGGGGAAAGUGGCAACAAUGGAAUCUCUUCCAUUGGAGGAGGACUCCACUGGAUCAAACACCUUUCCAUGAAUGCAGGAAAACUAAUUAGACUACACCCUUUGAAAAGUGUGCAUCCCUUUGGCAAAAUCUCCACUUCUUCAAUCUGUUAACACAAUUUACAGGCCGCAUGUUGUAUUAAAAGUCAUAUUAUAAAUGCUUUAUAGGAAGCCAUUCAUAAUAAACUAUUUAUGGUGGUUGUAAGCAUGGCACAGUCCUGGGCAGUUACAGAGUGCUGUGUACUUUAAGGGUGAACCAUAAAUAAUUAAUAAUAAUAACAAUAAAUAUCUGAUUUACAGGCCACUUGUUUCAAGCACUGAACAAGAACCUGUUAAGGGAGUGAUAAACUAUAGUUAUAACAAAAAGGGAUUUUAUCUGUUGUACUUCAUAACUAUCUAUUUCAUUUUUAAUGAGCAUGCUGCAGAUACAUUGUUUAUCAAUUGCCUGAAAAUGAAACCUUAAUAUCAAGGGGAACUCACUUUCCCUGUGAUGUUCUUUAUCAUGGCAGAGCACAUAUCUCAGGACCAUUGGCUUUGCAGCAAGGAAGGCCUGGGGCCUUAGUCAUCUGCAGUUCUGCAGGGUUUGUUUGUCUGUGUUCCAGCAGUGGGAAGGUCUGAAAGGGGCAUCAAAGCAUGUUCGGCCUUCCUACUUUCUUGUUCAGUGUGAGAAGAUUGGUGGAGCACACACGACCAGCACAUGCAGGACUGUUGGGGCAGGAUUGGCACAAGGGGUGCCAAGUUGAAUACAAUAUUGGGGGGCCAGGUAAGCCCCACCCCACAUAAUACAUCACAAGUUGGACACACACACACCAUUUGAAUGGCAAUGCCCAUCAACUGAAGGGGAGGCCUCAACUAUUUUAUGAGGGGGCAAAGGGACCUCGGCCCCUAGGAGUUGGCUCCUAUGAUUGGCACACACACUGCUUCAUUCCCUCAGCAGUUGGUGCCACAGUUCAUGCAUAUUUGGCUCAACAACUGAAGAGGAUUUCAGUCUGCGGCAAACUUUGCAUUUUGCUCCAAAUCUCAGCAUUGCUGUAGCUAUGGAAAUAUAUUUCUCUCUCUCUGAGAAUUCUAAGCAAGCAUCCAUUGAUUUGUGCUAGUGAUGUACUAUACCAUCCCUGAUGUGCACCUGCAAAAUACCCACACAUUUUAAUUAAGCCUGCCUCUUUUAUGUCAGGUAAAGCAAAUGGCAAAGCUUGAUCUCUUGUAUUCCUCCCGAGGUCUAAAAAGACGAAAUCCAGCUUUCCCCCUGGAUUUCUCAAAAAUCCCGUUACAAGAGCUAAUCUUCUCUAAGCUGAAAGGAGGAGAUCAGUCCUGUUCUAAAGAGUACUUUGUAGACAGUAAAGUUUUGAAGCAGGAUUUCAAGUUGAAGCCUCUGUGGGGUAACAAGAAACCUGUUAUCUUCACUCCUGAUUUGCAUAAGCCAUUACUUGGUAGUACCUUUUGGUUACAUAGUUCAGUGACAUCUAAUGACAUAUGCAAAUGUGUUGCUAUAAGUUGAAAGGGGUAUUUUCUUCCUCUAUUUUGCCAAUUAGCAUUUGCUGAGGUUGUAGGUGAAAGAUUUAAGCAUCCGAGAAAGAGCCUGUUUGUGCCUCUGAGUGAAAGCCAAAGGUGGAAAGAAAUGAUUCCAGAAAUGAAGUGCUUUUAAGGUUAUGCGCUGGAAUAAAACUCCUCCCCCCACAAAAAAUAUCAGUUAUGCUUCAGAGCCUCCCCUUUUAAAGUUUUCUUUGUCUCUCCCUCCUCUUACAUAAUUAAACAACAUCAAAAUAAACAAGGGUCAUGAGUAGGAUGGAAAUGUACAUUGAUCAAUGAAGGGAACUAUUCAGUGCAAUUCUAUAUAUCCCAGUCAGUUCAGUGGAACGUCCUUCUAUUUACCUAGAAGUUGAAGUCAUUGAACUCCAUAGUAUUUCUGCAAAUAUGUAUAGCAUUUCACUGUUAGCUAUCUAAACAUCAAUUACUUCUUAAUUAUGCACCCUUUCUCCACUUAUAAGCCAAUGUUUUGUAGCUGUGAGGGCCAGUUUACAAAAUACCAGUAACCAAAAUCCAAUGUAUGUACUUGCUUGGAGGAAGGUGACUUCUCAAUUAGGAGGUCACCAUUUAUAUUGAAAUUAUUGAAAUUGCUGUUGGAUAUGUGCAGAAUCUGCUGUUUUACACUCUCCUUUGGCUCUUGAAAGUGUACCUGGGAAAAGUCAGGAUGGCUUGAAUGAAAAAAUGCAGUGUGAGCUGCCCCUUGGUAUGUGUGUUUAAACACAGUUGUAUUGAAGUAAGUUCUACUCUUAGCAGAUCCACUUACGGUAAAUUAACACACUAAUGCUACACAUGCCAUUUAAUUUCCCCCCUCCCUGACAUAGCAUUGCUUUCAUGUAGAUUAUUCUCUUGUCAUCCUAUAAUGUGAGCCAUGUGAGAUGGAAACAUUUACAUGGGUAUUUUGCUAUCUUAGUAGCAGUAGCUUUGUGGAAAAUAAUUGCACAUGCCCUGUGGUGGUUCCUGUUACCAUACAUCAGUAAUCUGAUUCUUAUUAUUUUGAAUGGACAAGCAAGUACUACAGCUUUUACUACACUUAAAUGCAUCUGAAUUAAAUCUUGCAGGCGAAAAGUACAAAAAUUCAAGGUGCAUGGAACUUUUGAUAACCAAGAAGCCAAUCCACAGGACUCUUUAACCUCUAAGUUAACCUCAAUCCACAGGACUCUUUAACCUAUGGAUUUACUUGGUUGGCCCAGCAAUUAUAGUGCAGCUUUCAGGAAAAUAGUAACUUGUAGCCUUCCCUCAUCAUGGAGCUUCUUUCAUAAGAUCACUACGUUCAAAAUUGAUGGAGAAACAUAUUUCACAAUUACUGUUGCAUCUUGAAUCAGCCCAGGGGCAGUCUAGUUAGAAAGACAUGAAUUACAAUAAUAAUAACUCAAUACGGCAGAAAGCAUCUCUUAUGAAUCUACAGAUGGUAUUGGCAAAAAGCAAUUUAUGCUGGUAGAAGCCUAAAUAUAAAUGUUAACGGUGUUUUUUUGUUAUUUAAAAAAAGGUGUGUGUAUGUGUAUGACAUUUUCAUUUCACAAAGAACUCAGACCUUUACCUCUCCCAAAUGACUUUGGCAUUCAACCGAAGGCACUGUAAAACACACUAUUAGUAAAUAACACUUUCCAAUCCGUUUUGUAGGGUGUGAGGAUAUUGAUUCUGGGUGGUAUCAUGUAGCUUUGUACCCUCUCAGUACAGAAUAUUUUAAGUGACCUAUGCAAUAAUGCCAAGGGCAAACACAAUUAGUAAUUAUGUGCUAGAGCUAAUUACUGCAUGGUGCCUUCCUUUUAAUGGAAAGCUAUUGUUUUAUUAGUUCAGUAUUGUUUAACUGUAUUUGUUUCUCAGUGUUAAAAAGCAGAGAAAAUUUAUAUUUUAAUUAUUGUUUUGAUGGCUUUAGCGUCUCUGCAUUAAGAAUCUGUCAUGACUGUGAACAUUAAUUUGACUUACAUUUAAAUAUUCUGCUUUUUUAUCCCCAUAAAUCAUGUGAAGUUCAUUGAGACUCUUAUGGAAGGAGAAGCCUGGCUGAUUGUUCUGAAAGUAAAGAAUAAGAAGCUCAUGCAGCUGAAUAGUGUCAGGAAUUGCCUGUGUCAGGAAUUGCCUGUGUCAGGAAUUGCCUUUUAAAGUGAGAUCAUGGAAAGGGUGUAUUGUUCUGGUUCUGACUGUUGAAGUAUAGCAUAUUUUGUUUCCCCUAAAAAUAUUAUAUGGGACUCCAUGAAGCCAGAGACACUGAUUUGACAUCAAAAGUCUUUAGCUGGAAUAUUGUGAGGGGGCGGGGGGAUGAUGCUCAGCCGGAUAAUGUAAAGGAAAAAGAUCAUAUGCAACUUAAAUAGGGCACUAUAUUACUGUUCAAAUGUGUGUGUAUCUUUAAUGUCACACAUUUCUCUAUGUCAGUCUAGCUAGUAUAACCCAACAGUUAAUCUCUUGUAAGGGCAAUUGAGACUCACAGGUGAAAUCAAGGCACAAAAGGCAAGGUCAGAUCAAACAAGUAAAGUUCAGUUAAAAGUCAACAAGAUCAAGUCACAGCAGGCAAGUGCUGAUCAAGACAGGGAAAGUCCAUUCAGAGUUUCUUUUAGGCAGAGGUCAAAGAAAAGCAGGAACUGGGAUAGCUCCAUUGAGUGAUGCUGUGUCCUGCUUUCAUAGCUGUAGAAAUACAUUGUCUGCAGGAAAUACAUUGUCUGCUUCUGCAGGAAGCAGAAUCCUUUCAUAGGCUGACAGGGUGUGUCUUAUGGUUGACUCUACCUCCCUAGAGGAGCUGGCUAAGUAGUUAAAGGGAGCUCAUCUGAUUGUUGACCUCUAUCAGGCUUGGGAGAUGAAGAUACUGCAGAGGACUCAACCUCUGAGCUGGUGGAUGACUGCAGCAAUGUUGUCCUUACUCAGGAUGGCUAUUACCAAAGUCCGCCCCUAGGGAAAGGAAGCCCACCACCACUUGGGGUAAUGGGGUCCUUGCUAGCAGGGAGGGGAGUAUUUUCCCACCCCAUUCUACCCACUUGCCUCUGGAAGCACUGUUCACCACCUGUAUUUUAGGACUGUUCCAAACUAAAGACAAAGCCCACCAAACUAUAUUAUAGUAUAUAUUUUGGAAAGCGGUUUGUCCGUUUGUUUUCUAGAUGCUCACGUGCCUAAUAAUCAUCAUAAUAAUGGUAAUAAUUUUAUUAUCUACACCCCUUGUAUCUGACUGGGUUGCCUCAGCCUCUCAAGAUAUCAUUGCUUUUUUUUUUUUUUUUUUUAAAUAUUUUAUUAAGGAUUUUCUUGUUUUACAGAAGUGUAGUGCCUCGUAUUUUUUUUUCCCAUGUAACAUUUUUACAAAUCCGUUUCAUUUGUUGAGGCAUUGGGGGAGAAGAAAAAAAAAGAAAAUAGAAAAAGGGGGGGGUGGAGAGAGGGAAGAUGGAUGGGGGUGGGGUCGGGUGGCGGUGUUUCUAUUAUGUUUAAUGUAUGUAGAGUUUGGUGUCAGCGUUGCUUGUGUUGUUCACUUGUGUUCCUUUGGUGGUGAGAGAGGUUGGGGUUGGCCUAGGGUGUGAUUGUUUGCUUGUGAUUGGCUGUGGUGAUCUUUGUUUUCGUGUGUGAGUGAGGUGGGUGGGUGUUUUGGAUCAGGUUAGCCAUAUUGAUUUGUAUGCUGUUGGUGGAUUAUUGUCAUUGUCCUGUUGGGCUGUGUAUGUGAUAAAUGGGAGCCAUACCGGGGUGAAGGCGUCUUCUUCUGUUUGUCCCCGUGUCAGUUUCAGUUUAUUAGUUAAUUUUUCUAGUAGGGCUGUUUCCCAUACUAUUUGGUACCAUUGGUCCAUGCUUACUCCUGACAGGUCUCUCCAGUGUCUGGUUAUGGUGUUUCUGGCUGCUGAGAGCAGGUGGGUUAUGAGUUCUUUGUGGUGUAAAUGGGCAUUGUUGUCUUGGAAGAUGUUUAGUAGGGCCAAUUCUGGGGUGAUGUCUAUUACUUGCUUAGUUAUUUUACAUAUUUCUUGUAUGGCUGUUGUCCAGAAUAGUUGGAUUUUGGGACACUCCCACCACAUGUGGAGGUAUGUGCCUGUGGAGGUGCACCCUCUCCAGCAUUUUGGUGAGGUUCCUGGGUGUAUUAGCGCUAGUUUCCUUGGUGUUAGGUACCACCUGUAGGUGAGUUUCAGUGUGAGUUCUUUUCUUUUCGUUGAUAUGGAUUUAAAGGGGGUUUAGACCACAUUCUGGUCCAUUGAGUGGGGUUAAUCUCAUAACCUAUGUCAUUCUCCCAUUGUUUUUUGAUUGCGUCUAGGGAUUUACAGGAUUUUGGAGUAGUAUUUUGUAUAUUGCGGAUACCGUCCCUUUACCGUUUCCCUUUGUUGUUAGGAGGAGGUUUUCGAAGGUUGUCAGGGGCCUAGUUGCUGCUGAUUUUACUGUUGGGUUGUUUAAGAGGGCAUGAAGUUGGUGUUGUGUUAACCAGGGCAUUUGGGUGUCUUCUAGUUUGUCUUGUAUUUCUUGUGUUGACAAGGGUUUGUUAUUUUUAUAAAAGUCUAUUAGGCGAUAUAAGCCUUUGGUUCGCCAGGUUUUUAUCUUGAGGUUUUGUGCUGCACGGUGGAAUAAUGGGUGGUACGCCAGAGGAUGAGUGGGGAUGGGGUUGGGGAUAGUUUGCCUAUUUGUGUUUUCCAUGCUUUGAGCAUGGUCUGUGUGUACCUGUUAAGUGUUGUGGGAAUUUUCUUUAGUUUGUUUGGGAGGAGUGGGUAUGUUGUGGUGCAGGUGUUUUCAAUUGUGUCCCUCUCUAGGUGUACCCAUUGUUUUGUCUCAUCUUCUAGUAUAUAUGGGAUUAUGUGGCGUAUUUGGUUGGCAUUGUAAUAUGCUUCUAUGUUGGGGAUUCCCCAUCCUCCUUCUGAGGUGGGGAGGUUCAAGAUAUCAUUGCUAAACCUGGUAUGAGGGUUCCUGAGAUGAGGGUGGGCGUUCUUCAUUGACAUUCAGGUGCCAGGUGCCAUUUUGAUUGAAGAUGGUGGACUGAAACAUCACUUUGAUGUGUCUGAGCCUGUUUCUUGACAUAGUUUGGGCUGCCUCUUGAGAUAGCGUCACCAAAUUAUACUACCCAUUUAAAAACAACAAUAUAUUUUUGAUUUCUAACAAUUCCCAGGCAGUGCCCGGAACUCCCCACUAGUAUUAAACAAAUCAAAUAAUAGGUUGCAAAUUAAUUAAAUAUGUUCAGUAUGCUGUCACACAGUCCACAUUCCAGCUUUUGGUUUUUAUCAUUCAUUUAGAGAAUAUGCAAUAUUCAUUUAACUGGGACUAUAAAUUUAAUGUGCAGGUUUGCUGAGACUGAAUUAUUUCAUGUGCUUCCUCCCUCUUUUUUAAUACAUAAACUCUGGAAACAGAGAUCUCGGGAGAUUUUAUUUCUUGCAGUCACAGUAACAGAUGACUUUGGCCUCUCUCCCUCUCGCGCGCCCCCUCCUCGUGCAGUCAGCUGUUCUGCACAUGGAUGCCAACCACUCUGAAGAUCACUGUUUCCCCUCCAUCAACUUCUGUGCCUGAAAACGUUCUCAUUGGGAUUCUGCACCACUUUUUGCUGCAUAGUGAUAAAUCCUCAUCCUCAACAUUUGGCAGUUUAGGGAACAGUUUUCACAACAUACAUUUGGUUAACAGCCCUCAUAUAUUUUACUGUCAAGACCGAUUUUGCUAUAGCAUCUCCACAGGCACAUGCUCAGUCAGUUUAUACAUAAAAUAAUGGAUUAGGAGGGGGGCAUGUUAAGCCAUCAGUCCAGUUAAGUAAUCAUCCAACAUAUGCAUGUAAUGUUGCCUGUUUAAUGUCCCAUUCUUAUCGAAAGAAGGAAUGAAGGUCUGAUUUUAACACUGAAAGGGGUGCAUAGUGAAGAGAACAGAUUCUCCUCUCUACAGUGUCUUACCUAACCACAGGUAUCCUCAAGCACUUAUCCCCUCAGCCGAACUUUAAUACUAGAAAUAAUUUGGCCUGGCUGGAAACCAUCUAAGGGAAAGUACAGUAGAGAUGUGAACCAUAGACAAUGGGAAGGUUUUGCAACUUGCAUACCCCUUUUGCAAUUUCAAAUCAGAUCCCCUCUUCCUUCUUUAUACAUUGCUAGGGCAGCUCUGUUUUUCAACACAGAGCACUCCUGUCAUCACGUAUAGAAUUGCUUUGCAUUACAAUAUGCUCUCUGUUAUUGAGAAUACAUGAUUGUUGACUCUGCUGCUGAUAUUUCUUCUGCUUUGUUCCAUUCAUCCUGCUCCUUUCAAUGUGGUAUUCCAUUUUCUUCUGCUCCCUUGUAAUCUUUCACCUUGUUGUAUUAUUUGUUGCCCCCAAUACAGUUAUUCCCAGACGAGAUAUCUGAUGAAUUGGCUUUCGUCUUGUGUAUGUUUGCUGCUAGGCAUGAUAUUAAGCGCAACAUUUCUGUGUUGUAGGCUGCAUUUUUAUAGCUUCACUCUGUUCUUCAUGGGAGUUAUGUGACUAUCAAUAACCUUGUAUGAAUUAUAUAUUAUAUUAUAUUUGUAACCCACUUUCCUGCUGCCACAAAAAGUAGCAUUCCAAAAAAGAGCAAACUCCAAACACAGAUCAAAUAUAAUAAAAAGCAAUCAUAAUGACAGAACUUGACUGAGAAAAGCACAAGCUCUCUACCUAUCUACACACCCUACUGCCACCCCCAGGUCUCCAAAGCAAAAUAAUUUUAAUAUUUCCAGAAGGCUGGGAGAAUAAUGACCAAGUGUGCCUGCUAUACAAAAGAAUUCCAAAGCCUGUGUAAGUGCAAGGGAUGAAAAGGCCUGCCUCACAUUUAAAGUUGGGGUGGGGUGAUCUGUAUGAACAACUGCUCAUUCAUAAGAGGACACCACAGCUAAUACUUCCAGAAUGAAAGGCCCAAAUCUCCCCAUUGCUGUUCUCUGGAAACCAGACAGCUGAGAUCCCUCUUGCCAAGUAUAAAUAGUAAAACAGAAGCUUUGUGUGCAAAGGUCCCUUGUUUAGUUCCCAGCACGUCCAGGUAGAGCUAGGAGAUAUGAACAGUCUUACCUGGAUAUGGACAUUAGCUGAGCAUUCACUGUGUAUUAUAUGGAGAACUUGCAACUCUCGUCAUGUCUUGGUGUACUUUGCUUUAGCUGUUGCUGAGGUUGUUUUUGGAGAAAUUCUUCUUCCAAUUUAUGCAUGUGCAGCAAUAGCAGCAGCAGCCUUCCAGCUGGCCGGCUUCACACCCUGGAUGUGCUUGCCUGCCUGGAACAUCCUUGAACUCUUACAUGUCUGGAUGGAGAACAGGGAGGGCUGCAUGAGUGUCUGUAGAAAUUAGCCUAUCCUACAAAGGUAAAAUUUGCAAUCAUUGCUCUGCUCAUUCCACUUCUGCCCCACCAUGCACUGGUGUGUGGUCUUUGGAUGAUUUCCCAGAACAGAAUGCAGCCCUCAGGGUGGAAAAUGUUCCCCAUCCAUGCUGGGGAGCUUUGGCCAAUCACUAUAGACAGAACUGAGGUAAAUGGACCAAUGGCUUGACUCUCUUGCUAUGUUCUUCUGCUCUCUGCCAACUCUGUUCUUCCCUAUCUUCUGUGUCACCGUCUUUCUCUGCUUCUUUCUUGUCUAAGUUUCAACUUUAAAACACAUUAGAUAACUUCCCACAGCCUUGAAUUAAUUAUGUUAGAUGCUCCCCAAGAGGCUUUUUUUUUUUUUUUUUAAAAAAAAGAACCUCUUGCAGUCUUUUUACAAAUGGAAGAUGAUAGUCAAAUAAAGUCUAUGGAGACUUCUCUAAGAUUCAACUGAUAGUUAAUAUAUGGUAGUCAAGAUCUGUGAACAUAUGGUAGCUAAGAUUUAAGAGCGUUUUGUGUAUUGCUUUCUAAUGACAGUCCAGAAAAGAUAAUAUCUGCUGGCUGAUAUGUAGGAUAUGGUUAACACCAAAUUAGUGUAUGUUGUUGUUGUUGUUUAAUCAUGUCUGAAUCUUCGUGACCCCAUGGACCAGAGCACGCCAGGCACUCCUGUCUUCCACUGCCUCCUGCAGCUUGGUCAAACUCAUGUUUGUAGCUUUGAGAACACUAUCCAGCCAUCUUGUCCUCUGUCGUCCCCUUCUCCUUGUGCUCUCAAUCUUUCCCAACAUCAGGAUCUUUUCCUAGGAAUCUUCUCUUCUCAUGAGGUGGCCAAAGUAUUGGAGCCGCAGCUUCAGGAUCUGUCCCUCCAGUGAGCACUCAGGGCUGAUUUCCUUCAGAAUGAAUAGGUUUGAUCUUCUUGCAGUGCAUGAGACCCUCAAGAGUCUCCUCCAGCACCAUAAUUCAAAAGCAUCAAUUCUUUAGCAAUCAGCCUUCUUUAUGGUCCAGCUCUCACUUCCAUACAUCACUACCGGGAAAACCAUAGCUUUAACUAUGUGGACCUUUGUCGGCAAGGUGAUGUCUCUGCCUUUUAAGAUGCUGUCUAGGUUUGUCAUUGCUUUUCUCCCAAGAAGCAGGCGUCUUUUAAUUUUGUGACUGCUGUCACCAUCUGCAGUGAUCAUGGAGCCCAAAAAAGUAAAAUCUCUCACUGCCUCCAUUUCAUCCCCUUCUAUUUGCCAGGAGGUGAUGGGACCAGUAGCCAUGAUCUUCGUUUUUUUUAUGUUGAGCUUCAGACCAUAUUUUGCGCUCUCCUCUUUCACCCUCAUUAAAAGGUUCUUUAAUUCCUCCUCACUUUCUGCCAUCAAGGUUGUGUCAUCUGCAUUUCUGAGGUUGUUGAUAUUUCUUCUGGCAAUCUUAAUUCCGGUUUGGGAUUCAUCCAGCCCAGCCUUUCGCAUGAUGAAUUCUGCAUAUAAGUUAAAUAAACAGAGAGACAAUAUACAGCCUUGUCAUACUCCUUUCCCAAUUUUGAACCAAUCAGUUGUUCCAUAUCCAGGUCUAACUGUAGCUUCUUGUCCCACGUAGAAAUUGGUGUAUAGAUAAUUAUAAAUCAUUGCCCUUUUCCUCUUCCUUUUUAUUGACUAGUGUACUAAUGUAACUAAAUAUACUAGUAAGAUACACUGAUUCAGGAAGGGGUUUGUGUCAGAAUCCUUUGCUAAAAUGAAGGGGGGGGGGACCCUUCAUUUUAGCCAUGUCUUGAAGUCAUUGUGAUGUCAGUUGACUGACCGUCAACUGAUGUCAGUUGACUGACAGGUAGGCAAUCUCAUUAGACGAAUUCUGAUAAGGAUCUGACCAGGGUAGCCAAAAGGUUUCCCAACCCUGGUGCAUCCUGCAGUUCUGCUUUUUCUGUGAAUGGGGCAGACACAGUAUGACUUCCCCAUUGCAUUUAGUUUGGCUUUCUUGAGUGACAAUAAACAUGUCCAUCUGUUGCUGAUUCUUGUACUAGCCAAAACUGUUUCAUCAAUUUGGGAAGUCUAACUAUUUUACAGUUGGUCAAAGUUUCCUCCCCUGUAAAGACAUGUGUGUGUACAUUUAGUUAUGGACCAGUUUUAUGAGAUUUAACAGCAAAAACUAUGCCUUACCCCCAAUAUAUAAAACAAUCAACCCAGUAAUCACAGGGGGGCACAUAUAUCAAGGAUGAGGAACCUAUGCUUCUCCAUGUGUUACUGGAUUACAGCUCCCAUCAUCCCUGACCAUUGGCCAUGUUGGUUGGGCUGAUGGGAUUUGGAGUCCUACAAGAACUGGAGGGCCAUAGGUAGUCCGUCUUUCAUGUAACACUUUUACUUAACUGGUGCAGAAAUGGCUUUUAGAUGAGCAGAAAUAUGCAACUUUGUUUGCAGCCCGUUGUUGUAUGUGAAAUAUUCUUGUAGAGCAUUAAUGAGAAUGAUAAAUAGCUUGACAGGCUGGCCAGGUGGCAUGGCUGUGGCAUGUAAGGUUGCUGAACAGGAGACCUGGGUAUUUGGAGCAAAUUUGGGAUGCUUGUUUCCCAGGGCUGGCGGAAGUAGAGCAUGAAGAGGAGGUGAUGUGAUUGAUCUCUUUAGAAGAAGCUGCCAGCUGGAGUGCUUGCAAACCGCUCCUCCUAUUUCUCCUUAAAGUCAAAUUGAUGGCAGCUUCUGAAAAGAGCUACCAUUCACACAUUUUUCUAACCAUUGAGCUGUAGAGCUGAAAGCACAGUUACUCCUAAAGAGGAGGAACAGCUUAUUUAAAGGGUCAGAAAGAGACACAUAUGGUGAAACAAUGGCAGGGAACAGACCCCUGUUCUAUGCAGCUGUUCUUUCUAACCUGUUUUUAAAAAAUGAUUUUGGAGCGGCAAUUCAUCUUACAAGGGUACAUUUUAUUUUUCUUAUAGUAAUUCUCCCUAUCAAAUAUGCAGCCAUUUACUUCCCCUCUGGAAUUUAAAAUGGUAUUUUACAACCUCUUACUUCAGUCUAGUUAAAAGUGCUACUUUAAUUUUCGAGGGGAUUUCUACCCCAGGGUUUUUAAAGUCUUUGUAGUCAAGCAAUCAUCUAAAUUGAUGUUAUAUUUCUAACAAAAAGCUCUUGCAUAUGUUGUAACACUUCCACCUCCUUCCCUCCCCAUUUCACAGUCUCUCAUUCCUCUAACCUGUUACUGUGGAUGAAUUAUACAUUGUUUUUAGCUCUGCGGUUAGAAAAUAUAUUGUGGUAAAAUAAUUGAAUCUAUUACCUGUAGAAUUAUGGCAGCAAUACAAGACAGCAUAACUCCCGGCUGUUUGGGAGUGGGAAUGCUGUUGACUGAAGGGACUCUUGGGAUUGAGUGAGUUUAAUAUGUCAGUAGGCAGGGGAUUUUACAGAUAACAGUACCAUGUGCUUUGAGUAAUAUGGGCCUUGAGCAACAGGAACUGCGUGGGAACAAUAGGGGUAGAAGAAGCCUCAGGCAGUGCCAGUUAGAACCCCAGAGAUUGUGCAGAAAUAGCGUGUGUAGGGUUUAUUGGAAGGCCAGAUAUGAUACCAACGAAUGCUCCCUGCUACUUCUGCAGUAUGUGUAAGUUCCUCCUAUUUUACACACAAUAUAUCUUCUGAUUUGUUCCAUUACUUCUACUAUGCUUAGGAUUGAGAGUAUUUGUAAAAAGUUAAGUGAAACCCUUGGUAGGAACAGGAGGUUCAAAUUGAAGAACAUUUCUCUGAUGAAAAUAGGAAUGUCCUAUUUGAUGAUGAUGAUGAUGAUGAUGAUGAUAUUUGUAACCCACCCAUCUAACUGGGUUGCCCCAGCCACACUGGGCAGAUUCCAACAUAUAGAAAAACACAAUAAAACAUUAAGCAUUAAAUAACUUUUCUAUAGAGGGCUGCCUUCAGAUGGCUCAGGGAUCAGAUAACUCCAUACCCACCAACAUUUCUCCUAUGAAAAUAGGGACGUCCUAAGGAAAAGUGAGGGGUGCGGGUGGCGCUGUGGUCUAAACCACUGAGUUUCUUGGGCUUGUCAAUCAGAAGGUCGCGGUUCGAAUCUCUGCGAUGGGGUGAGCUCCUGUUGCUCGGUCCCAGCUCCUGCCAACCUUGCAUUUCAAAAGCAUGCCAAAAAGUUCAAGGAGAUAAAUAGGUACUGCUCCAGCAGGAAGGUAAAUGGUGUUUCUGUGCACUGCUCUGGUGCCGGUGUUCCAUUGUGGCAGAAGCGGCUUAGUCAUACUGGCCACAUGACCCGGAAAAAUUGUCUGCGGACAAACGCCGGCUCCCUUGGUCUGUAAAGCGAGAUGAGCGCCGCAACCCCAGAGUCAUCUGCGACUGGACUUAACUGUCAGGGGUCCUUUACCUUUACCUUUUGAAGGAAAAGUGGGACAUUCCAGGAUCAAAUCAGAAACUGGGACGGCUUCUGUAAAUCCAGGACUGUCCCUGGAAAAUAGAGACACUUGAAGGGUCUGGGCUCACUUUCCUGAACCACCUUGAUCAGUCCAUCUUUGUUCAAGAAAAGUGCCCCAGCACUUGCCUACAUGGAUUUCAGUAGUCAGUAGAUCUUACUGUAUAUCGCCAAUGGCCAUGACAAUGACUACAUGGAUUGCAUUAAGCUAUAGCUUGAGAUUUCUCUUGAUUGAUUUUCUUUCUUUCUUUCUUUCUUUUUUAAAAAAGUAUGUCUGGUUAUGUCUAAUGGUUAGCUCUGGGCUCACUGAAGUGUGAAAGCACUUAUACUAGGAACUGGACUGAGACCACUUCAAAUCCAUUGUAUUGUAAACUUGCUAAAGUGCUUUCAGAUAACAUGGGCUGAAUUCUUUCACAUAACUUUCCUGAUUUUCUCCCGCUAGCAUUUUGCUCUAAAAACCUGUGUGGUAAAAAAAAAAUCUGUGCAGCUUAGUGUGAAAACCUUUUUUCCUGCCUUUUUUAUUUUUUUAGGUGUGAGCUAAAAAUAGUUUUCAGUGCCCUGGACAGUCAUGCUUAUUUUUUUUCAAAAUAGUAAAAGCAAAUGGGUGCUAAAAUCUGUUAAGAGUGUUGUGGUGAAUAUAUACCAUAUUUCUUUUUUAAAACAAAAAUCUUUUUCAGCCAUUUCUCACAUUCAUCUGGUAUGAUUUUGAUCAUUUUCAAAAAUAGAGACAUCUGUACAGAGUAUUAUCUGUACAGAGUAACAAUCCGUAGUAGACUUAUACUUUGACCUAUAGGCAUAGAAACAGUGACAUUUCAAAUUUAAGUAAUUCAGACUUAUUUUUUUAUAUAUAUUAUGUUUUUUCACUACGCACAUAAACCAUAGACAAAAGCAAAUACUUUGAAUACAAUACUUUGAAUUAAGCAAUAUGAAUAUAGUGUUUGUUUUUGCAUGACCCCACCUUAUACUAUAGCAUUGUUACUAUGCAUCAUAUGCCUUUUUUUGCUAAGACCUGAUUAAUCAUUCUGGCUGCUGUUAUGGAUCAUCACACACACACACACACACACACACACCAUGGCAAGGGGUCCUUGUGACUAGUGCAAUCUGUGUAAAGAGGCUUACUAUUUUGAUUGCCCAUGCAAAUGCCUCACCUUCCUGAGAGAUGUUGGCAUAGAAGCUUUCCACUCAAAAGAGUCAAUCUACAUGAUAAGACCUCUUAAUACGUUAUGACAGGGUUGACUGAAGUUCCUUCCAUGCAGAACUUAAUGAAUGAAUGACUGUAGUGAAUGAGGCAACCCCCAUGACUGAUUUAGAACACCGGUGCAGAUUUUUUGUGUGAAUGUCCAUGCUGGUCUACAAAACCAAAGCUGCAUGUAAAACCAGAUAGAAUAGUCUCUUAGAGUAACUAGUGUGAUUACAAACUAUUAGUGUAGCACACUGGUAUAAGUGAAUUAGAGGAUUGCUACAUAUUCUUUAGUAGAAAAUGCCCUAACUCCCAGAUAAGGAAGAUUUGUCCAUAUCUGAGAAGGUAAUCCGAACUCAGGCUGCUUACUGUCUAUCAAUAUUAGGAAAGAAGGAGGCAGAGAAGCUGCUUGGAGUUGGGAUUUUAUUUUUAAACAUGAAUUUCCAUAUUCACAUGCUAGUGAAUGCAAAAAGGAGGAAAAUUUGAAUGUGUAAAAGCUAUAAAAAGGAGGGGGGGAAUCUGGCUGCUCUUACAAGAUCAUAUUUUCGCUUCAACAACUUAACCUUGGGUCUCCUUUGUCUUUUUUUCUGCUGAAAAGGUCUCAUUCGAUUGCAAGAGCUUAUUAAGGCUCCAUCGCGGUACAACCUGCGACUAAAAAUCCGCCAGUUACCAGCUGACACAAAGGAUGCAAAGCCCUUGCUCAAGGAGAUGAAAAGAGGCAAGGAAUUCCACGUCAUCUUUGACUGCAGUCAUGAAAUGGCAGCAGGCAUUUUGAAACAGGUAAUUACACCCCUUUCCUAAAUACAACACUAAGAUAAGGCAGAGAUGGUAUUGAAGCGAAGGCUUGGGAAACCUGGUUAUGAUGAUGGAACCCAGUUAGCAGUAACUAGAGUUAUUGUCACGGCACAUGAAACAUUGACUCUGGAAUGGUCAGCCUGUGGCCCCUAGUGCUGCACAAGGCCCUCUACCUAAUUUCAUGAAGCCCUUGCCCUAAUUUCAAAAGCCUUCUGUCAGUGAUUAGUUCAGACCUCUGGAAAGAGCAGUCUAUUGUUCCUCCAGCAGCCUGCUGGGUGGGGAGCAGUUGAGAGCGAUAGUGUGUGUGGGUGGGGAGAGAAUCAGAAAGACAGCCGACAGAGGUGGCAGAAAAGAGAGUAGCCUGAGCCACCUUUGGUUUGGUGCCCCAUGUGUCUUCUGCCCCAUCUAUUGAUUAGUAUAUGGACCCCAGCAGGUUGCCCCAGAGGGAAUGUAGUUCUCAAUCAUUCCAGGGUGCAGUCUGAUGGCACAUGAGGCCACCACUUUGUUGAAGUCUGGAUCUAUGCCUGGAUAGGAGACUGCAAUAUAAAGGUGUGAUAUAAAAGUAAGAAAGCAAAGAAACAAAUAUAUGGUUUCCUGUCCCUGCACUAAACUCAUGCCAAAAGCAAACCAAGGGAAAAGGAAAACAUUCAUUCCUCAAAUGGCUCUUGAAUUCCAAACCAAAAUAUACAGGAAAGGUGCCUCUAUAUGCUACCAGAAGUAUUCUAAUAACGUGGAUUGUUUACUUUAGUCUGGCAGGCUGCUACCCUAGAGUAAAACCUCCUGAUUUAUUUUCACCUCUUCUUCUUCCGAUCGUUGUUAUGUAAAGCUUCAAUAUAUCUAAAUUGGUGUGGUCAGAUUGCUUGCACUCCACAGUUUCAUCUGUUUGGAUGUGGUCAGCGUUCACCAAGAACCUCUCCCCAGUCACAUCAUAACAACAGCAGUACUUUAAAAUGUUGGCACCACAGAGAGUUCCAAGUGAAGAGGAGAACAUUUCUAGGAGGUCAGAACCUAAAAGCACUGAGAAAGUAUUAUGGUCUUUAAUAUAGACCCAAUAUUGGGACAUGUGCAGGCUCCAGAGUGCCUUGUAUGUGGUAAGGGUGUUUUCGAAAACAGGUCCACACCAUGACAUUGGUGAACUGGAUCCCAUACUGACUUGCCCACUAGAAGGCAGAACUAUUUCCACCUGGGCUUGAAGUGAGUGACACUGCUGGAGGAGAGCAAUGUAAACCUUGAGCUCUUCAUUCAAAUUAGCAGGACAGAUUUAUUUGGGCUGGGUCUAAGUCACGUGUCAACCUAAGUCUUGGUGUUUUCUACAAAAUAGUUAUUCACAAACUCACAAAAUGUGCAUUACCUUGGUUUUAUUAUGAUAUCUCGUUUAUUGGACAUGGUAGUCUGCUCUAGCACAGAAGUUUGUAUCUUGCAAAGAGGUGGGUAAAUAUGUGCACCUUUCCUUUCCUUGAAGCUUUUGUUUGGAGACUGCCAUUGUUCAACCACCUGAGCAGUGGAGAUGGAAACUAAUGAAAACUUACUUUGUCUCCUCUGUCCCCUGGUCUUACUUGUGUUCAUAAAUACAGGUGAGAUCUUAACUUUUUAGUCUGUUCAUGGGAGGAGAAUUGUGCUCAUGGAAGGGAUCCUCUCAGUGGUUCUGCCUCUGUUCACAGAUCAAAAAGUUAAGAUCAAAGCCAUACUUUUGUUGGAUCGCAGCCUAAAAGUGCAACAAAAAUUGCUGAUGUCGUUUGAAUAUUCAUACGCUUUAAAACACUUGAGUCCAGAGUGUUUACUAGUUUUGUGCUAGCUAAAAACCCAGCAACCUGAACAAUAAGUUAGUCCAUCAGCCAAGUUGCAUUAUUUAUAAUGGACCAAUAGGUUGUAGGUGAGCAGCAACUGUGGCUUUUAUUAGUUUCUCUGUCAGCAAAAACAGCCCUGUACUAUAUAAGUAUUAGAGCAAAGUGGAACCCUGGCUUUAUCACUCCCAUCUCCUUUACACAGUAAAAAGAUUUUCUUUGCUGAAUUAUCUCUUUCCCAUCCUGCUUAUUAAUGGCAAGGAUUUGUUCUGCCUAAUGCUCCAAAUAUACAAAACCAAUUCUCAGGCUACUUCCUUGAGCAGAUCAGGAACAUUGACUUGAAUAUAUGCAGCCAUGGAUUUACUUUUCUUAGGAGUGCACUUUUUGCAUAUGAAUUAUUUUGUUAAAUAUUUCUUUUCUUUCCCUCUUGAUACUCGAAGCACUCUAGUUCAUUUAAUAACCCAAGUGUCUGUGUCUUUUUAAAAAUUAGGCUUCGGCACUGAUAUGCAAAGUGCCCCCAUACCUUGCCACCCGUAUGUGAGUUGAUUAUGUGUGUAACAGCAUGAUGAGAGUUUCAUAUUCUGAAUCCAUGCUACAUAUAUUUUGCAAUGAAGAGCACUGCAAUGCAUUCAGCUGGCAAAGGACCAGAUGAAGGCGGUUGCAUUUUAAUACUCCUAUUUAUUUUCACACAUCUUAUGCAAGUUGCCUUUAAGACUCAGUGGUGUUGUCUAGAACCAAGCCUUGCAUUCCCCCAAGCCUCUGGUGUAGGAAAAGAGAAGAACAAACACUGCUCUCUUCCUUGACUUCCUUGGAGCAUGAGGUGGCAUAGUAUAAAUGUCUACUCUGAGUUGCCCCCUCUCAUGCUCCAAGGUCUUUGAUGUGGGGAGAAAGAUGCAAAAACUCUGCUACAACUUUGCUCUGGAAUCUCAAAGCAAGCAAAUUAGCAGCCUUUCCUGACCUCGCCUUCUCCGUUGAAAUCUUAAGAGGCUUGUGAGCCAGAGGUCUAAUGUGUGCCCUGGGGUAUGACUGGACUGCGUCUUACCUCUAGCCCACCUACCCAUGUGGGUAGGUGAGAACAUUACCCUUUCCUUCUGCUGUAGCUUAAGAGCCAGAAAGUGGCAGUCUGAUGCACUUGCAUGUUUGUAAUGGAGAAUGAAGCCCACUCUGGGAUUUGGAUACAAAAUGGAAUAGACUUCCCUACCCCUAAUCUAUAUGUGGUGUACAUUCCCAUCACUGUGUAGCAGUCCUAGAUGCUGAUUUUUCAACCCUUCCUCUUAAUUCUUAAAAAUCCAUAUCAGAAGAUUAAAGUUAUUAGCCACAAAGCGUGGUGCUGAUAACACCAAGAUUGCAGGUUUGAACCCUGUAUGGGGCAGCUGCAUAUUCCUGAAUUGCAGGGGGUUGGAUCAGAUGAUCCUCAGGGUCCCUUCCAACUCUACAAUUCUAUGAUUACUUACCAAACAAAGAAGAUGGGUACAGUGAGGCUUCAGGGAUAUGCUUUUAGCCCCAGCCUCUGAGGUCACACCAAUUUCCCCAGAUUCUCACAUGUUUAGGCUGCAGCAGGGAGCCUCAGGGAGCUGUGAAGGUGUUCAACCUAAACUAAUGAAGUAAGAACCACAGGACUUUGGCAGCAGGGCUGAAAGUGCUGCCCUGUUGUAUCAGUGUUCUCUUUUGAUAAACAAGGCCUGAAAUAGGCUGUUCUUUGUGCUUCUGUUUGAUUGAACAGAACAGCCUUAAUUCCUCUGAGGAGCUGCCCUGUUUGGUGAUCUUUCAGGCAUUCUUCUCUGUUUUGCCCGUCUGCCCCGCGGAGGGAAAACACUGCAGAGAGAAGGUGUGACUCAGUCACAGGGAUGAAGCAAGGUGCCUUCCUGAUUCUUGUCAUUCAAGACUCAUCAGCGCUAUUUUGUGUACCUCUUUACAGAUUUAUUUAGCUUCAAUUUCAGCUCAUAUAUUCACAAUAGCUCUUCUUAUUUUCAUCCAUUUGUCUACAUGACACCAUCUUGGUGGAUGAAGGAAGUUAGUUCUGACCACGGCAACAUUAGAUUCAGUCUCACUUAUUAAUCCGAGAAAUGAUUAUGGAAAAUCUAAACUGCACAGCUGAAGCUGAUGUGCUGCUUAGAAAGAUUUGGAAAUAACACCGGGGAGUUGGAAAGUAGCCCUGGUGCUUUAUAUGAGCCAUCAAUGCUUUAAAAAUGUGCCUGCAGUGCUUGAAGCUUAAGUGCUGCUUGUGGGGUAGGGUGUUGAAGUGUUCUGUGUUUGCUGCCAGCCUUCAACCUCCCUUUUAAUUGAGUAAUAUUGUUCACUUGGAGUAACUCUACAUUUUUCUCAUUACGUAUCCUUUCUGGUGAAGACGUAUAAUAAAUACAAUUAAUGGAACCAUUCUCGAUUCAGAUUUUUGGUUGGCAACUGAAAGCUCCCAUUAAUAUGUAAAACUGUAAGCUUCUUUCACAUUUGCAGCCCUAAACAGUUCACUAAUAAUCUUUCUAUCAGCAGAUUUGCUCCAUAAAUUCCUUUAAUAGCAAGUAAUCUGCUCCAACUGCUAAGGAAUGAUUUGCUUGACCUAAUUUUAAUAUGAUUCCAGCCCUAUAGUUUCAUCCCAAUGGUAUUCUUCAAAAAGCCUUUCAUUAUUCAUAUAGGUGUGAUUAAAAGCAAUGCUAUGUGUAACCUUAGAAAUAUUAAAAGCAAUGUUAUGUAACUUUAAAAUAAUAAUAAUAAUGUGUGUGUUUGAUUCCCCCCCUUUCCUUUAGGCUUUAGCAAUGGGAAUGAUGACAGAAUACUAUCAUUACAUCUUUACCACAUUGGUAAGUAGCUUAUAGGAAUCUGCUGGCGGUCUCAGACAAAGGCCUUUGGUUUCUUAAUUAUAUUGCUUGACAAAGUGAGAGUGGUCUCUCAGGAAUAGAAGAGAAAGAAGUACUGAGUGUUUUCUCCUCUUGAUUUUGAUAAGUUGCAGCGGAAGCUCUGGAGGAUGGUUUAAUUAAUGUUCAUAAGUAUUAUUCUGGAAAACUGACACUCCUUGCGACGAAAUUGGAGGGCAGAACUGAUUUUACAGUUUUGCAGACAGUUAUUUGUUCUGGAGAAACACACAGCAUGCAGUUCAGAAUGAGCAGAUCACUUCUCCCUUCUUUUUGGAGGAGACUUGUUUGAUCCUAUUUGUUUUGCAAUAAAAAAAUGUUUGUCAACACCUGGGAACAUUUCCGGGUUUUAGACAGCUUGUUGUAUUUUGGCUCUUGUAAUUAGAUGGGGGAAAGUUCUAUCUGAAUAGGAAUAGCUUUGGUCCCCUUUGUAAACCUGGUAGCCACUUGAAAGAAUAGACAGGAGCACGGAGGAAAGUCUCUAACUAUUUGCCUCCCUAAGUCAUAAUGAGAUCGUGCCAAAAAUCUGCAUUCUAGCUUUCUUGCAUUCCAGUUUUUGCCCCACACCCUUAGAGGAACUCACCAACAUACAGGCAGGACUUGGAGCUCACAAACAACCAGAAAACUGCAGUUGUUAGGCUUUUAAUAGAUAUACAUUAUAGGAAACAGAGGAGACCCUUGGAGUCCCAUGGACUGCAAGAAGAUCAAACCUAUCCAUUCUGAAGGAAAUCAGCCCUGAGUGCUCACUGGAAGGACAGAUCGUGAAGCUAAGGCUCCAAUACUUUGGCCACCUCCUGAGAAGAGAAGACUCCCUGGAAAAGACCCUGAUGCUGGGAAAGAUUGAGGGCACAAGGAGAAGGGGAUGACAGGGGACGAGAUGGUUGGAUAGUGUUCUCGAAGCUACCAGCAUGAGUUUGACCAAACUGCGGUAGGCAGUGGAAGACAGAAAUGCCUGGCGUGCUCUGGUCCAUGGGGUCACGAAGAGUAGGACACAACUAAACGACUAAACAACAACAACAAUAGGAAACAGAACAGCAAUCCUGAAAGUUUUGCAAUAGUUUCUAGAUCCAUUCAAAGGGUUUUCACAUUUGAAACCUUAAAUUCUGCCUGCAUCCAGAGUGUCCGAUGGUGCAUUCCUUCCUGUGUGGGGAAGGGCCAUUGCUCAGUUGUAGAGCAUCUGCUUUCCAUGUGGAAACUUCAUUCCCUUGCCUCUCCAGGUAGGGCUGGGAGGAACUCCACCUGAAACCUUGGAGAGUCGCUGCCAGUCAAUGUAGACAGUCAUGAGGAAGAGAUACCAAUGGCAAAAGGCAGCUCAUAGUCCCAUGCACCCAAUGAGGCUUGUAUUGUGUGGAAAGAAUGAGAUGACUAGAAAGGGACAUGCAUCCUCAUUCCAGUUAGCAGCCUUCUGCUGUCAAGCAGCAUUUGUUGGUUUUGAUAUGUCUGUGGAGGAGAGGCAGAGUGGAGGGGAGAGAGAAGCCUAGCAGAUUAAAGUGGAUUUCAAAAUGAGCCACUUUCAGAUGCUGCUGCUGCUGCUGCUGUAAAUGUCAGCCGUCUGCUGCAUACUUUAUCGGCACAGAUUUCUUCUGGAUGUUCCUGCUGGAGAUCCCGAGUGAUCCAGUGGUUAAGCCCAAAAUAAUGGCAAGAAGGCAGUUCUAUGGCUGACUGGACCAAGCCUAGUAAACUGGCUUGCUGGAAGUCUGUCUCUCUGAGUUCCUUCGAAGAAAGAGCAAGGGGCCAGGCCAACCCAUAAAUGAAUCGAAUAAAUAAUAAAAUAAACAUGCCAUAAAAGUUCUGCACUUCAGGAUCAGACUUCUGGACUAAUUACGUAUCCCCAUUUGCUAAUUAGGUCUCGGGAGCAGGCUGGUGGGAGGGUGGGUGUUUUCCCCCCUGAAGAAUUGAAUGUAAACUUCAGCAGUUGACAACUGAGGAUAAUUUGGGACAUGCCAGGAGAUGAUAGAUUUUUAUGCUCAGUGGAGCCAUGUAACUUCUAUCACUUUUUGGCUCCUCUGCUUUAUUAAUUACUUCUUACCUGACACAGCGAAAGUCGUGUCCAAUAAAUUUUCUAGUCACGCUGUUUAGCUGUGCUGUUUGGAAGUGUAUUUUCCCAUGAUUGAUUUGGAGCCUAAUGUAAUAGCUCAUUAAUUCUCUGAACUGUUGUGCAUAUUUAUUAUAGUUUUGAGUAAACAGGAAUGUGUUUAAAUUACAUAAUUAUUUAUGCUAUUGUCCAAGGUAGUCUGGAAGCCACCCAAAAUUUAAAAAGUCAGGGGGGUUGGAAAAGAACUUUGGGGCAUUAUUUCAAGCAGUUCUGCACCUAGCCAAACCUGUUUCCCUAUGCUGUGGGGGAAAUUUGCCACUUCCUAUCAUGUCUUGGUCAUGCCAUCUCUUAAAUUGUUAUUGAGAAGUGCUAGACACUUUUGCACAUUCACUUCUGUUCUCUCCUCCUAAAACACUAUAGUCAGGAAGAUGGACUAUAGUCAGGAAGAUGGACUAAGUCAAACUAUAUAUGGUAGUGUGGGUAUGCAUACUGGAAGAUUAAUGUGUGAUUGGACUAUAUCUUGCCAGAUAGGUAAUUAGGUCUUGGCACUUUUCAGCUGUGUGAUAAUACUGUAUAAUUCUUACUGCUUCUUCUCUUCCCCCCACCAACUAAAUAGUGUCUUAAAACAAAGGUGGAAGGGCAGCUCAGUGUUUUGGAAAGUCACUGUGCAUUGUAGCAUAGACCCAGAAGAAGCAUCUACGUGACCUAGUCACAUUGUGAAAAAUGAUACUAUAAACUCUAAUUGGAAUUUGGAAUGUUAACUAUCUCUGAGAUUAGCUUGGGUUCUUUCAUUAACAAUGAACAAUUAAUCAUAUGCCACUGUCUUGGGGGGGGGGGCGCUACUGCUGUCCCUUCUCUCGUUCUCUCUCUCUCUGUGUGCAUGUGUGCACUGGUCUAUCUGUCUGUCUGUCUGUCUCUCCCUGCCUUUUACUGAAUAAAUAAGUGCAUCUUGUUUGAUCCCUGCCAAAGCACUGCUGCUUCAGAAACUAGUAACAAAAUUUCAGUCUUUGGCAUGAAAAGUAAAAAUUCACAGUUCCCAUACAAAGGCUAAAUUUUUGUCCAGUUAAUAGAAGUAGACAUUCUUGCCUGUUGAAAUCAAGCAGGUGCCUUCACUGCUCUCUUUUUAUUUUGUUGAUAUGUUACCCGUUUUCCAUAUCUACGCUGAACAAACUAGUUACUUGGUUUGCAUACAUCUUGGUUUGCAAAGUUUUGGAUUACAAACAUGUCCAACCCGGAAGUGCAUGCCCCAGUUUGCAACCUUUUUUUGGAUUACAACCCAUUUUUGGGGGGAGGAUUACGAACAAAUUUUUUUUGGAGGCCCUAUUGGUGAAAGCGCGCCUUGGGUUACAACCUGUUUUGGUUUACAAAUGGACCUCCGGAACAGAUUAUGGUUGUAAACCAAGGUACCACUGUAUGUAGUCCUAUUCAGGUAUUCUCCCUCACACAAUUGACAAUCUUGUGAGUGGCAGUAUGUUGCAAAAAAGGGGAAUAUGGUUCUGCUUGUGAAUUUGUAGAUUUUAGCACUGGAGAAAAUUUGUUGAACUUGGGUCUUUCUAUUAUUUUCCUGCAUAUAAUAUCUGAUAUCUGACAAACCACUGAAAACAGGCUUAUUAAAGCAGAAAAGCCUAACGUUUGCCUAAUUCAGGUUUAUGGAAUGUUAGUAAACAAUGGAGUAUGCAGCUCACUGACUUUGCUUGACUUUUCCGCAUAUUGUUAAUAGCUAUUCAGGUUCGUUUGGGCUCUCAGUGCAGAUGUAGGUAAUCAGAAGCAGUAUAAAUUAGUCAUUUAUUUUCAUGUACAUGUAACGUUGUUGGCAAUUAAUUCAAUGCACAAUAUUCUGGACUUUUUGAGCACUGUUUAUUAUUCUAAAGUCACCAUAAUUGCAUUGGAGAGGGCAAUAAAUACUUGUUUGAAUGGAAAAGAUUCAGGAUGUGUCAUAGCAACUACAAAUGUCCAUCCUUUCUUCUCUUCCUUCAGGACCUCUUUGCUCUUGAUGUGGAGCCAUAUCGGUAUAGUGGGGUUAACAUGACUGGAUUCAGGAUUUUGAAUACAGAAAACAGCCAAGUGGCAUCCAUCAUUGAAAAGUGGUCCAUGGAACGAUUACAAGCACCUCCAAAGCCUGAUUCAGGUUUGCUGGAUGGAUUUAUGACGGUAGGAGCACAAUCUACAGUUUAG